UGCUGCCAGGAUGAGUGGAAGUGGCUGGUCAGGGUUGUGCUCAUUGGCGACUCUGGCGUGGGGAAGAGCAACCUCCUGUCGCGCUUCACCCGCAACGAGUUCAACCUGGAGAGCAAGAGCACCAUUGGGGUGGAGUUUGCCACCAGGAGCAUCCAGGUGGACAACAAGACAGUGAAGGCUCAGAUCUGGGACACAGCAGGGCAGGAGAGAUACCGAGCCAUCACCUCGGCGUACUACCGGGGGGCGGUGGGAGCUCUGCUGGUGUACGACAUCGCCAAGUACCUGACGUACGAGAACGCCGAGCGCUGGCUCAAGGAGCUGCAGGACCAUGCUGAUGCCAACAUUGUCAUCAUGCUGGUGGGCAACAAGAGUGACCUGAGGCACCUGAGGGCUGUGCCCAUGGAUGAGGCCAGGAGUUUUGCAGGUAGGUGUUCGGCACCUCCUUCCAUCUCCAUCCCAUCUCUUC